GAAACCUAAAAAUCGGUUCGGUGCGGUACGGUUCGGUCGGUUUGGUCGGUUUUCGAAUAUCCAUUGACACCCCUAGUAGUAUGUUUAGAAAAGAAUGACACACUUCUACAUUUGGAAACAAUUAACUUUACACUUUCAGUUUUACCCUUAAUGAAACUUUUAAUUAAUUGAGCACCCCAGGGCUUAUGGUUCAACAAAGCCGGAUGUAUGGUAGGCACACGAUAGAAUGCUGAGCCUAGUAUUUAAGUGGAGAAAGGGAGAUGAGGGGGCUCAUUGUCCACGGAGUUUCAAAGCUGGAAACUUCUUGGUCAACAAAAAAGGAAUAAAACGAUUAAUUUGCAGCAACUGAACUGUACGAGUGAUUUCAGAUUUUAAGCAGGUCCUUCUUGAUAGAAUUGAUGUUCUUUUGUCCAUCGUUUCCGGUAUAAUCACAUGACGGCAAGAUUUGUUUUUUCUUAAUCACUAAUAUAUCCGUUUAAAAGAUGGCCAACAAGUUUAUUGAUGUCUUUCAGAAACCACAUUUUUGGUUUCCUUGGUUAUAAUUGAUAGGUUAAGAAUCACAGAACGAAUGAUUCUUAUGGGCAGUACGAUGAGUAUGUGUAGCGCUUGACGAAAAAGCGGUAAAGAAAAUACAAGAAGAGUCUUAAAAAGGAUUUUUCAUUGACAAAAGAUGGAAAUUAAACUAAUUCCUUAUAUAUUAGUACUAAAUUCCUCCGGACAAGUGUACUGAUCCAAUCAUAAAUCAACACCCUAGUACUAUUUCCCAACGGAUAAAAAGCUGGCAAGACAAGUAUCAUUAUAAAGGGCUAGGCCAUACUUUUUUAGGUAAGCAUAAUAGCUAAAAACCUAAGGGACAAAUGAUAAUAUGAAACUAUUCUUAUUUCUGGAUUUGGGCCCAACUCCAUUGACCUUUCUCUUCAUUUCGUCUUCAUUCAUUUCAAGCUGAGCGGAUAGUCCGUUCCGCUACUUCCCGCCCCCUUUGAGAAUGUUGACAAUCAAGGUUGAAAUUUUGAAAAUUGAGAAGUGAGGAAGGAAUAAUCCUCCCAAGUAGCAUCCUCCGAAGCUAAGUUGGUCCACUGAACCAGCACUUGGGUUACCACCCGAGCUGCCGGCUUGGCACAAAAGUUGAUCAUUUGGUUUGCUCAAGGGCGAAUCUUUUGCUGGAAAAAUAUUUGGCCCAAGCUUCUUUUUCAGUUGGGACACGUAAAAGACCAGAUGAAUUUGGGAUUCACUGGGAAGCUGGAGCUCAUAUGCCAGUGGACUAAUCUUCUUGACUACAUGCUUGGAAGACGUCUCGAGUCAAUGGUUCUACCACUGGAGCUCUUGCAGCAGUUCAAAACCUCAGAUUUUCCAAAUCCACAAGAAUAUGAAGUAUGGCAGAGGAGAAACUUGAAACUACUUGAGGCUGGACUUGUCUUGCAUCCAUACUUGCCUCUGGAUGAGACAGACACACGUCCUAGACAGCUUCAGCAUAUUAUACAUGGGGCUCUGGUAAAACCCAUGGAUACGGGGAAGCACAGUGAAUCAAUGCAAGUACUCAGGAAUCUUGCGACAUCCCUCGCCUGCAGAUCAUUUGAUGGGUCGAGUCCCGACAUAUGCCAUUGGGCAGAUGGCACUCCAUUGAAUAUCCUACUCUACCAAAUAUUGCUUGAAGCUUGUUUUGAUGUGAACGAUCAGACCUCUGUUAUUGAAGAAGUUGAUGAGGUCUUAGAAAUCAUAAAAAAGACUUGGGUAAUACUUGAUAUAGACCAGAUAUUCCAUAAUAUUUGCUUUUCAUGGGUUUUAUUUCAUCGAUAUGUUUCAACCAGCCAAGUUGAAAAUGACCUGCUAUUUGCCGCUGAUAAUCUGUUAUCGGAGGUAGCAAAUGAUGCCAAGGCAGUAAAACACCCAAGUUGCUCUCAGACCUUGAGUUCUCUGCUUGACUUGAUCCUAGGUUGGGCUGAGAAAAGGCUGCUUGCAUACCAUGACAGCUUUUACAGGGACAAUGUUGAUAUCAUGCAAAGUCUUCUCUCUAUGGGUUUAUCAGCUACCAAAAUUUUGGUCGAACACAAUCCGCGCAACUAUCAGAAGAAGAAGAAAGAGGUUGAUGUUGAAUUUAGCAGCGUUGAUACUUACAUCAGGGCUUCGAUGCUCAGGGCCUUUUCUCAGGAAAAGGAGAGGUUGAUAUCAAGCAGAAAGUCCUCUAAAAAACAGCAGAGUUCACUUCCCAUCCUUUCCAUCCUGGCCCAAAAUGUUACUGAUCUGGCUUUCAAUGAGAAGGAAAUAUAUAGUGCUGUUCUGAAGAGAUGGCACCCUAUUGCAACUGGUGUAGCUGUUGCUACACUUCAUGCUUGCUAUGGAAGUGAGCUGAAGAAAUUUGUUUCGGGGAUAAGUGAGUUGACUCCAGAUGCUCUACAGGUGCUGAUAGCAGCUGACAAGCUGGAGAAAGAUCUUGUACAGAUGGCUGUUGCGGAUGCUGUUGACAGUGAAGAUGGAGGAAAGUCAUUAAUUAAAGAGAUGACUCCUUAUGAAGUUGAAGCUGUGAUAGCAAACCUGGUGAAAUCAUGGAUAAGGACUAGAAUAGACAGACUUAAGGAAUGGGUCAACAGGAAUCUGCAACAAGAGGUCUGGAACCCUCAUGCAAAUAAAGAGCGAUUUGCUCCCUCUGGAGUGGAGGUCCUACGCAGCAUAGAUGAGACUUUCGAAGCAUUCUUUUUGUUACCAAUACCUAUGCAUCCAGCUUUACUUCCAGAGUUAAUGAAUGGCCUUGAUGGAUGCCUUCAGAACUACAUAUUGGAGGCUAUAUCUGGCUGUGGAUCUCGAAGUACCUUUGUUCCAACUAUGCCUGCUUUGACUAGAUGCUCAGCUGGGUCAAAGUUUAGUGUGUUCAGGAAGAAAGAGAGGCCUCCUAUGGUUUUGCUUAAGAAAUCUCAUAAUGGGACCACUAAUGGAGAUGAUUCUUUCAGUAUACCUCAGUUGUGUGUCCGUAUUAAUACUUUGCACUGCAUACGAAAAGAAUUGGAUGUGCUAGAGAAAAGGACAAUUUCCCAACUGAGGGAUAAUAUAUGUGUUCAUGAUGAUAAUCUUGUUAAUGUGUUGGGCAAAGGUUUUGAGCUGUCAGCAGCUGCUUGUCUGGAAGGGAUCCAGCAGCUUUCUGAGGCAAUUGCAUAUAAAGUCAUCUUCCAUGAGUUGAGUCAUGUCUUCUGGGAUUACCUGUAUGUAGGGGAUGUUUCAUCAUCCCGAAUUGAACCUUUCCUGCAGGAGCUGGAGGAAAACCUUGAGAUCAUAUCAGCAACAGUUCAUGACAGGGUCCGGACACGUGUAAUCACUAAAGUAAUGAAAGCCUCUUUUGAUGGAUUCCUGUUUGUUUUGCUGGCCGGAGGACCUUCUCGUUCUUUUUUACUGGCUGAUGCUGCAAUUAUUGAUGAAGAUUUGAAGUUCCUAAUGGAUCUAUUCUGGUCGGAUGGUGAUGGAUUGCCAGCUGACCUUAUAGACAAGUUUUCAACUACUUUGAAAGGCAUUCUUCCUCUUUUCCACACUGAUACUGCUAUUCUAAUUGAGCAAUUUGAGCAUGCAGUUCAAGAUAAUUUUGCCCCUUCAGCUAAAUCCAGACUUCCCUUGCCUCCUACAUCAGGUAACUGGAGUCCUACCGAGCCCAGCACCAUUAUGCGCGUUCUGUGUUAUCGAAAUGAUAAAAUGGCAACUAAGUUUCUAAAGAAGAACUACAACUUCCCAAAGAAACUGUAACCGUUCACAUGGUUGGAAAAUGAGUGAGGUGAUGUUAGCUAACUGUAACACUGGAUCUUGGAUUAGGUUGUUCAUAUUAGGAAGCUGCGUGAUUAUUUUGUACAGAAUACUUGUGAUUUAUUGAGCGCAUAUGACUUGACUGUGAGUAAGUUAACAGAGGAAGACGUCAGUUUGUAAAGUGAGAUCUUGAGGAUUACUGUCGAGGAGUGAAAGCAUAUCGUGUCUAUGUGAAGAUGUGGUACAAAGUUUAUCUUAUAGACGACUACAUUACCAGCUGAAUGGAUGUCAUUCUUGUUCCAAACCUUCUAUGUACCUUUCCCUUUCUCCCUGAUAGGUAAAAUCCUAAUGUUUUUUUGGAUUUGUAGCUGUAUUUUCUUUCUUUUGUGUCUUAUUAUGUAUUCCGAAAAGAAAGGUUUCUUGAGCUUUUACCUAUGGAAGUUGAGAGAAACAGUUUGGUUUUGUUCCUGA